AUGAUAGUUAGCCGACAUUCAAGUUUUUCCCCUUAUGGCAGACAAGUAUCACCCUCCUCUGCCAUUAUUAUUAACAUUGAAGAUUGUAGAACAAUUCGACCAAGAAGAGAGAAAUGUAAAAUUUGGGCUAAACGUUAUUUAUUACCAACUUUAAUAGCUACUGUUGUAGCUGCUGUUAUAUUGACAGCUGUUCUUGUUCCAGUCUUAAUAACAUAUCUACGAAGUUUCACCACUACUACCACCACUACUACCACAACUACGACUACGACUACAACUACGACUACUACUACGACAACGACGACCACAUCAACAUCAAGUACGACAUCAUCAACUUCAACAUCAGUAACAACAUCAACACAAUCAACCACACAAACAACCACACCAACAACUACACCAACAACUACACCAACAUCAACAUUAACAACCACAUGA